AUGCCGGAGAACCAAGACAAAGGCGCAACUGGAGCCGCCAAAUUCGUCACCUCAACACUCGGUAACACCCUUGGCGGCGUCACCCGCACAGUCGGCGGAGUAGCAGGCACCGCAGGCCGCGGCCUCGGCGACACAAUCAACAGCGCAACAGGCAGCGCCGGCGAGCCAAUCGGUAAUGUCCUCGGCAGUGCAAGCACGGGUUUAGAAGAUGGCGCGAAGCGUGUAGCGAAGGGAGUUGAGGAUGCCGGGAAAUGGAAGUGA